AUGGCAUUCUUGGCAUACCCCAAUGUCAGAGUCUUGCAAUUAUUCAAGGCCGGUAAGUAUGCUGAAGGGCAGGCCUUACUCAACCACCUGAUGAACCUCGCACACCCGGGCGCAAUGGAAGGUUCAGCCCCUGAGGGUAGUGGCACAAUAAACCCGAUCCAAGGCGGUAGCGGCAUUGCUAGGUCAAGACCACAAUGGUUGAUACAAGAGGACCCCACGCUGAGCUCAAGUGACCUGAGCAACCUCACUUUUGCAAAGCGGCUAAGGCAGAGGGAUCCCCUGACAGCCACUGCAAUACACCCCACCCUGAGGUCUAGAGGGGCGGCAGUAUCCCAGCAUCCAACAAGAUCAUCCAGUCGACUUCACCCAAUCUUUGAUCAGCAACCCCAAGUCGGACAGUUGUCAGCAAACACGGUCACUCACCAGACACCACUUGCAAACGUCUUGAGAGAGCCACCAGCAGGUGUCGCGGAAACAAACAUCAAACUAGAACUUUGGGAAGAGGCGCAGGUGAAGGUGCUGAUGACUUCAAAGAAAGGCAGGCUGGUACUGAAGAAGGGAGAUGUGGUAGAAAAUGGUCUAUACUUGGUGGCGGAUCCUACCAAUGAAAUGGAGAAAGGUUUAACACCCUUGUCCCCGGUGCUAACACACUGGCUGCGUACCUUCAAGUCGUACAUCCCCCUGACUGUAUUCAACCGGGUCUUCCUGAUUGACAACCAGCAGGAGUGGAGCCGUAGGAAAGCGCCUUCGGAGCCGAAGAUCAAGGACGGAGCAUCUUCAUUACGGGUCUAUGGCGGAGCUCCCCCUCCAGAGGAACUAACAAUGCAAUUUGAGCAUUGGAUUGACGACAUUGGCCUCUUCAUAAAAUAUGUGACGUUGGAGGUAUGGGAGACUCUGGCAAAAAGUUUCAAAGGACAUAGAGAGGUGGUAAUGGAGCUUUGGGAGUCAUAUGGAUGGAUGAUAGCACUUUGCUACUGUUGUCGCCUGAGACAGGGGAUGAUGCAUGAGACCGUGGACAACAGGAUCAAGCAUUGUAGUACUUUACAGUCAGCAAUCUUUGAUGAGGCACGCCUGAUGGCAGACUCACUGAACAAACGUGCAUACCGGACCAAUCCGUACGCGCCAGAUGGACCCCUUGCACACCUCAACCCUCUCACAGGCCUGCCAAGAGUAACAAAUUCAUCAGCAAGCAGUAGGAAACCGGUAACAGAGGUGAAGGCGUACUCAAAGACCAAGCUGAGGGGGGUAACCAGUACAAGAAAGGACACAGACUGGAUCCCUUUUUCAGAAUGGGAGCUGAUGAGCCAGGAGCAGAAGAGGGAGGCGAAGCAAGGUAUGAUCAAAGAAAAAUGUAUGAUCAAAGCGGUGGUUCAAGUCGGUCAAGAGACUACGGUCAGUAUAGAGGACAGGAGCAUGAGGGGAGAGAAGACCGUGGGACUCACAAGUGUUGUAGCAGGUCUAGAAGAAGGAGCCCAGGAGGAGGCAGGCAAAAGAAGCCAGGUAGUGGAGGUAGACAUCAGUGAUCUUACCUAG